AUGAGCGACAGCAAUCGCCAGAUUGAUUUUGAGCUCUACCGCUACACACCCAACAUUGCAGCUGCAGUCAUUUUCAUCGUUUUGUUUACUCUUAGCACAGCGUACCACUCCUACCAACUGAUCAAAUGCCGCGCAUGGUACUUUAUCGCAUUUGUUAUUGGAGGCAUCUUCCAGAUAAUCGGCUAUGCAGCGCGAGUAGCAGCCAAUUCGAAUAAAGAGAACGUACCUAUCUACUCAAUACAGACGAUCUUGAUCCUUCUCGCGCCGCCGCUAUACGCCGCGUCGAUAUACAUUGUUCUCGGAAGGAUUGUCACGUAUCUCCAUGCCGAACAUUUCAGCUUGGUCUCUGUGAAAUGGAUGACCGGUAUCUUUGUGACCGGAGACAUCAUUGCAUUUGUGAUGCAGGCAGCAGGUGGCGGCAUUAUGGCUAGUGGCACAAUCAGCGCAAUGAAUACGGGAGAGAACAUCACCAUCGGCGGUCUCUGUGUUCAGCUCGCCUUCUUUUCCUUCUUCGUCCUCACGUCUCUGGUCUUCCAUUUCCGCAUUCGUCGACAGCCGACAGCUAAAGUACUCCAGUUAGCCCAGCAUGAAGAUAGCUCGGUUCUUCGCACGUGGGAAUCGGUCAUGUGGGGACUGUAUAUUGCCAGUGUGCUCAUUCUCAUCCGCUCUAUCUUCCGCUUGAUCGAGUAUGCUCAGGGAAACGACGGGUAUCUGAUUAGCCAUGAAGCUUUCAUGUACGUCUUUGAUGCGAUGCUAAUGUUCUUUGCCAUGGUUGCGAUGAAUGUUUUUCAUCCCUCUGUCAUUUUGAAUGGGAACAAGCGGGUGAGUAGGGGGUCAAUGUGGUCUAGCUCCCAAACGGAGUUGCGUGGUCGGAGGUAUUGA